AUGACAACAGAAGCGUCGACGUCCGCCGCGGCGUCAGCUCCCGCGCAAUCCUCCUCAUCCUCUUCGUACGAUCCGUCGUCGACAUUCAUCGAGUCGUCUUCUGCAUAUCGCCGCGCAUCCUCCGACGGCUCCGGGGAUGAGGAAGAUGACGAUGAUGACGACGAGAAGCUGUUCGCCGAGCUCGACCGCGAGCUGGACAGCAUGGAGGACGAGUCGAACUUCCACCCGCGCGGCGGCGACGAUGCCGACACCGUAGCCGGCUUCGACAUGGCCGAGUUCAGGGAACGACGCAUGGAAGAGCUGCGACAAGAAAUCGCUGCGGCCAAAUCAGCGAGUGGUGGCGAACAUGCUGUGAUGCAACACACAUCGACGGCUUCGAUGAAGGGGCUGCUCACCGAGAUUACGCACGAAAAGGACCUGAUCGGCUUCUCGUCCACCGAGCGUCAGGUGGCGAUCCACUUUUUCCACCCCAAGUUCCAGCGAUGUGCGCUGCUCGACCGCCACCUCACCGUGCUCGCGCGUCUGCAUCCGGGCACGCUCUUCCUCAAGGCCAACGUGCUCAACUGCCCCUUCCUCACACAGAAGCUCAACGUAUCCGUCCUACCGUGCCUCAUCACCUUCAAGGACGGCGUGAGCAAGGACAAGAUCAUCGGCUUCGAGGAGCUCGGUAAUUCGGACAAGUUCUCCACGGGCGCGCUCGAGUGGCGACUCGGCCAGAGCGGCAUCAUCGACCCGAGAGAGAACAGGAAGCCGAUCUUUGGGUUCGGAAACGAUAACGCCGUCUCGGAUACGGUGGGAAGGGGUGUCGUCGGCGCGAGGAAGGAUGAAGACGACGAUUUUUGGGACGACGAGUAG